GCUUUUCUGUAUACUUGCCUUUCCCUAUUUUCACAUGUUAAUUUUCCAAACACCCCCAUUGUUUUCCAGCUUGGCACAGGGAAACAGCCAGAUGUUUCCUUAGCAAACCUGUUUCCUGUCGAACUCUCACCAUGGUUGGUAUUUCCAUCGUAACAAAAGGAGAGGCCCAUAUCCUGCCUCUAAUAGGUUUCUUCUCUUCACUCUGCCACUCCUCACAACUCAUUUCAUGCUCCCUUCAUGGAUGGAAGACAUUUUAUACACAAACAUCUUUGUGUAGUGUGAACAGCAAUGCCAGCAAUCAACAUAGAGGACCUAAGUGAAAAGGAUAAACUGAAAAUGGAAGUAGAACAACUCCGAAAAGAAGUCAAAUUGGAAAGGCAACCUGUGUCUAAGUGUUCUGAAGAAAUUAAAAAUUAUAUUGAAGAAAGAUCGGGAGAAGACCCUCUAGUGAAAGGCAUUCCUGAAGACAGGAACCCUUUCAAAGAGAAAGGAGGGUGUGUAAUUGCUUAGAAGAAUGCAGAUAAUUUAGAAACUGGGAAAAAUAACCUACUAUAGUAUAGCUAGUUUAAUUUAAAGCUCAGGAAUCUUAUUGUACAAAUUAAUUUUUUUUUUUAAAAAAAAUAACAGAACAAUUAUUUCCUGAAACAAAUUUUUGCUUACCAUAUUAUUAUAUUUCUUUCAAGAGGCUGUUUUGUAUUCUUAAUUACUUGCAUUCACUGGCUGAAAUUAUUAUUAACUACUGUAUAAUUUUGGUAAAAAUAAAAAAAUCUGAAUGAAACAUUAUGACAUCCCCCCCUUCAUAAUAUAGGAUUUUAAUUCAAAUGUCCUCAUGGCAACAAUUGUAUGCAACAUAAUUUCAUUUUAAUGUAUGCUGAUUGUAGUAUACAUUCAAAGUUACAAUAAAGUUAUUCUAAGUCGCUAAAUCUAAGUCAAAGGUUGUUAAUCUCCGAUUCUCAAUAGCCUUCACAAUUCAUCCUGCAUAA